AUGUCGGAAACCGCAGAACAGCUAGGCGAGAAAAUCGGCGACUCGGUGGGCGCUCUGGGCGCCGUUGCAGCCAUGGUGGCGACCGAGGACAUGGGCUGGCCGGGCUUUCUGCUCUCCUACAUCACGAUCAGCAACUUCAUGGGUCUGACGCUGGUGACCUCUCCGGUGACAUCCUAUGGAGACACACUGGUGGCGAUUCGACGCAAAAAGUCGUCGGCGGGCUUCAGUAUUGACGUCUGUGGCAUCAUGCUGGUGUCGUCGAUUCUACGUGUCAUGUUCUGGUUCGGACGACCGUUUGAGCUCUCUCUACUGGUCCAGUCAAUCGUCAUGAUCAUCAUGCACCUGUUUCUGCUCAAGUACGCUCUGCAGUACCGACCUCGAGCCGAUGAACGCGACAUUGAGCUCGGAAACAUGAGCACCGCCGCGUCUGCCUCAGCUGAAAAGACCACUCCUCCGGGAUCAGACACCGAACGAGUGCUGGAGUUUCUGGGACUCCUGGGACCCCUGAAGGCCACGUACGCAGCCGUGAAGCACGCCAUCUCGCCGGAAACCUACCGGUCGGAGCACAGACAGCAGUUUGCUCGAUCCGUUUCCUCAGCGUUCAAGUCCAGAGGCAAGUCUCUGUACCCUGACCUGCACACGUCGUCCUCGAGACCGUUCAACUUCUGGAACUGGAGCAACGACGACCUGUACUGGUCCUUCCUUGUCAAGUUUUCCGUGUGGCUAGUCAUUUUGCAGUUUCUGUUUGGCUCCUACCCCAUCUACGUGGAUUCCAUUGGAGCCAUUGGGCUGCUGAUCGAGGCAGUUCUGCCUCUACCCCAAAUCAUCAAAAACCACCAGCGACAGAGUGUCGAUGGGUUCCGACUGUCGCUGCUGGUAUCAUGGCUAGGAGGAGACUUGGCCAAGCUGGCGUACUUCCUUUCUGGAAAAGCAGAGAUCUCGUCGCAGUUCAUCAUGUGCUCAGUCAUCCAGACAUCUCUGGACUGCUUUGUCGGCGUCCAGUAUCUUUACUUUCAGUGGAAAAACAGAUCCAAGAAUUAA